UAGAAUAUUUUAGUUUAAAGAACUGCGUUUGUCCCCAGUGGUUAGGAAACUCAAGAUAAGCAAGUGGGUAUGUGCCUGUGUGUGAAAAUUGUAGACAACUCCUACCCCCAUCUUCCAUUGGGAUAGUGACACAACUGUUAGGCUUUCCACCAAAGAGGUCUUUAGCUUUUGCUCAACCCGGUCUGGGUCUAUUCUGAUUGUUGCACUGAUGUUUAUUAGAAUGGAGCCAAUUCCAAAACUUCUAGCUGGACUUAUUCUGUUGACAUUGUGUGUGGUGAGCUGCUCCAGCCAGCACUGGUCCUAUGGGUUGCGCCCUGGAGGAAAAAGAAAUGCAGAAAAUUUGAUGGACUUAUUCCAAGAGAGAGCCAAAGAGGUUGAUCAGCGAGCAGAACCUCAACACUUGGAAUGCACCCUUCACCAGCCACCUUCUGCCCUCAGGGAGCUGAAAGGAGCGCUGGAAAGUCUGAUUGAAGAGGAAACUGGGCAGAAGAAGAUUUAAAUCCACUGGUCCAAAAGGAAUGACAACACAAGUAUAAUUCUGACUUGGAAAUCUGUGACCCAUUUAAUAUCUGUAAAUUGUGUGAAUUUCAGAAAUUCUUAUGCCAAGGUGCAUGUAUUUCAUAAUGAAGUAGUGUGAAUAAAGUGGCAUAAA